AUGCGACGAUGGGCCGAGGACGACGCGCUGCGGCGGGUGAGCGGACGGUACUGCCCGUUCGAGCCGGCGCCGCGAAGCACGAUCGCGGUGGCGUACAGCGCGGACGGGAAGACGCUGGCGAGCACGCACGGCGAUCACACGGUGAAGCUGAUCGAGUGCGCGACGGGGAGGAUGGUGCGGACGCUGGAGGGACACGGAAGGACGCCGUGGGUGGUGCGGUUUCACCCGACGAAUUCAGACGUGCUGGCGAGCGGAUCGCUGGAUAACACGGUGAUCGUGUGGGAUCGGGCGAGCGGGGUGAUGACGGCGCGGUGGGACUUCGGGAAGAGCAUCGCGAGCCUGGCGUUCUUUCCAGGGAGCGAUAUUUUGUGCGUCACGUCGGGGCACAGGCUGUACGCGUGGAAGUAUAAAAAGUACAAGUUUAGAGAGCAGGUGAACCCCGAUGGGAGCGCGGUGAGCGCGCAGGACGCGAUCAAGGUGCUGCUGCGAACGACGCGGUCGCUGCGCGCGGUGCACUUUCAUCCCACGGGGGCGCCGAUGAUUCUCACGGCGGAGGUUCGCGACAUGGACGCGGACGCGCUCGGUCCGGCGUACACUAAGGAUGUGGAAGGGGGUUAUGAUCAAGAAGCUGGGGUGUAUUGCGCGCGCGACGACGUCGUCGAAACGGCGCGGUCGAGAUUAGAGACGGAGCUGGAGCUCGGAACGGCCACGAGCGGCCGCCGACGUAGCCUCAACGCCCAAGGAGACGCGAUGUGGCGAGACCGAGCGAACGCGCCGGCGAACGUCGAAAACGCGCCCGAGGCGACGCGGAAGUACGUGCACGAAAUGUUAGGGUUAGGGAAUCGUAGAUACGCCACGUAUUCCAUGACGCAGAUGAUGGGACGGAUCACGAGCGCGCCCAUGCGAGCCGCGCACGAGGAGCGAAACGACGAGGGCGCCGACGCUCGAGGCGCUCGGCGUUUGCAGCCAGAAGCGAGAGCGGGAGGGAUGCCGCAACAGAUGCCGCAACAGACGGCACCGAUCGUCGCCGCGGCGAGCGCAUCGACGAUGGCGUCGCCAGACUUGCCGUGUAUCGUCAAGCUCAAGCUUUGGGAGUUUGAAACGCAAUUGGACGAGGAUGGCGAGAUUGAACUCAAACCUCUCGAGGAGCUACCGUUCGUGUUACCACAAACAGUGCUAUGUAGCGAGAUGGGUGCGCACUUUUCACCGUGCGGACGGUACAUCGCGACCUGCCAGGCGUGUAAACCGCCCGUACCGAGGCAAGAUUUACGAUUUAUUUGCGAGCUGCGAGUGUACUCGCUCGAUUCACAAAAUUUCGGUCAAGUCCUGAGCGCGAGGGCCAUCAAGGCGGCGCAGUGCUUGACGAGCAUCCAGUUCAGUCCAACGAGCGCACACGUACUUUUGGCAUACGGCCGUCGACACGCUGCGCUGGAAAUUCUCAUGCCGCAUGGUGAUUCGUUUUCCCAAGUGCACACCAUCCUCGAGGUGUUUUGCACUGAGAACAUGCGUCUCGUGCGGAUCAUUCCAUCCGUCGAGGACGAAGUCAACGCCGCGUGUUUUCACCCGAUCCCAGGGCAGGGUAUCGCGUAUGGCACCAAAGAAGGCCGGCUUCGAGUUUUACUCCACGACAGCUCUCCGAAGAGAGCGGAGAAGAGAUUAUUGGCCGAUGCCGCGGGCGACGAUUCACCGCUCACCGUGUCCCGUCGCGAUUCUCACGCCAUGGACAUCGACGAGUGA